CCUCAUGCCACCGUAGAGCACUCGAUCAGCACUGUUCGGUCGUGGAAUUGAGUAGGUCCCUGUAGACUGGUGCGGUUUCGUUAGGUACAAAUCAGUGCUACGUUUUCUUUUCCUUUGUGGCUAUUAGCCAUUGACUUUACAUCAAAUUGAAAUUUAUUUUUUGUUUGGAGGCUGGAGCAGGCGAAGAGGGACACUCGCGUGCAGUAUCCCAUUCAGUCAAGCAACGCUGGGGAAGGCUCUGUUGAGACACAGCUGCCCUCGAUAACCCAGCCAACGGUUAUUAAGCUCCAUUUGCCUUCUCCGGACGUUCAGUUCGGUUAAUUGUUGGACAUUUCUUGUAACGGGAAAUUUACAGGAGUGGAGGAGGAAACGAAAGGAGCCACCAGAGUGAGUGAUCCAGGAGAUGGGAGAUCGGUCCUGGGUGUGGAGAGAGAGAGAGUCCUGAGAAAGGCCCGGCCCAUCGCUGCCCCCACCACCCCCCCCCCCCCCCUCAUCGUCUCUCAGUGGGACCUUUGUCCCCUACUCAUGGUGUGUCCCUAGCCUGAGCAGAGCAGAGCAGCCAUGUUCAGAAACAGCUUGAAGAUGCUGCUGGGCGGCAAGUCCAACCGGAAGAACCGCAACAGUGGCGGCAGCUCUACAGAGAGUGACGGGCUGUUUGAGGGGGACUACGGCGUGCCUCCUCUCCCGGUAACGGAGGGCAUGCAGCACAUCCGCAUCAUGGAGGGCGUGUCGCGCUCCCUGCCCUCCUCGCCGCUCCUCUCCCACCAGGCCAUCAACAUGAGGCUGCAGCCCACCAAGAGAAUGCCAGGUGAGGAAGCUGUAGAGCUGGGGCCCCCUCCCUCUGUGGACGAGGCGGCCAACACCCUGAUGACGCGCCUCGGCUUCCUGCUCGGGGACAAGAUGAAUGAGGGCGUGCCUGGGGGUGCGCAGUACGGCAUGGAUGAACACGCCCACAGCCAGGUGAUGUCGGUGACCCAGAGGAUCAGCCCAUGCUCCAGCCUGGCCAGCAGCACCACCUCCCCCCCUGCAGGCAGCCCCUGCUCCACCCUGCCCCCUGGAGGGGGCUCUGGGAACCCCGCCACUAGCUCCGCCCACCGAGACCUGGCGUACCUGGACGAGCAGAGACACACCCCCCUGAGGACCUCCCUCAGGAUGCCGCGCCAGAACUCUGGGGCUGGACGCAACGCACAGGACCUCCGAGUGCGAUUUGCUCCCUACCGACCACCUGACAUUGCCCUGAAGCCCCUCCUCUUCGAGGUGCCAAGCUUGACCUCUGAUUCGCUCUUCACCGGGAGGGAGUGGCUAUUCCAGGAAGUAGACGCCCGUCUCCGUGGUGACGACCCAGCAGCCAAUCGUGGGGUAGUGGUGGUUGGCAACGUGGGCUUCGGCAAGACAGCCAUCAUCUCGCGGCUGGUCGCACUCAGCUGCCAUGGCAACCGCAUGAGGCAGAUUGCCUCGGACAGUCCCCAUGCAUCACCCAAACAUGGAGAGACGUUGCCCCUGAACCAGACCCAGCACUCCCAUGGCACCCUGGGGGGCAGCUGCCCGGGCACCCCAGAGAUGAGACGCCGCCAGGAGGAGGCCCUCAGGAGACUGGCUUCCCAGGUGGUGGCCUACCACUACUGCCAGGCGGACAACGCCUACACCUGCCUGGUGCCGGAGUUCGUCCACAACGUGGCCGCCCUGCUGUGCCGGGCUCCUCAGCUCCUGGCCUACCGCGAGCAGCUGCUCAGGGAGCCGCACCUACAGAGCACGCUCAGCCUGCGCUCCUGCGUGCAGGACCCGCUGGCGGCCUUCAGGAGGGGCGUCCUGGAGCCCCUGGACGCCCUGCACAGAGAGAGGAAGAUAGGCUGCGAGGAGGACUUGAUCAUCUUGAUCGACGGGCUGAACGAAGCGGAGUUUCACAAGCCGGACUACGGAGACACCAUCACUUCCUUCCUGUGUAAAACCAUGGAGCGUUUCCCCCCCUGGCUGAAACUGGUGGUCACGGUACGCACCUCGCUCCAGGACAUCACCAACAGGCUGCCCUUCCACCACGUGUCUCUGGACAGGCUGGAGGAGAGUGACGCCAUCGACCAGGACCUGCAGGGUUACCUGCUCCAGCGUAUCCAGGGAAGUGUCGAAAUCCAGAGUAACGUGUCACUCAACGGUCGUCUAGACAACGCAGCCUUCACCAAGCUGAGCGCCCACCUGAAGGCCCUGAGCCGAGGGUCCUACCUGUACCUGAAGCUCACGUUGGACCUCAUAGAGAAGGGAUACCUGGUACUGAAGAGCUCCAGCUUCAAGGUGGUGCCGGUGAGCCUGGCUGAGAUUUACCUCCUCCAGCUCAACAUGCGCUUCCCCACGCAGUCCUCCUUCGAACGCGCCCUCCCACUGCUCAACGUGGCCGUGGCCUCGCUCCACCCCCUCACAGACGAGCAGGUGUACGGGGCGGUGAACGCCGGCGUCAUCCGCGGCCCCGGCCUGGACUGGGAGGACUUCCAGCAGCGCGUGGAGCAGCUCUCGCCCUUCCUGAUUCGCAGACGGGACGGGACGCGCAUGUUCACGCACCCCUCCUUCCGGGAGUGGCUGAUAUGGAGGGAGGAAGGAGAGAAGACCAAGUUCCUGUGCGACCCCCGGAGUGGACACACCCUGCUGGCUUUCUGGUUCUCCAGGCAGGACGGCAAGCUGAACCGGCAGCAGACCAUCGAGAUGGGACACCACAUCCUCAAAGCACACAUCUUCAAGGGCCUGAGCAAGAAAGUCGGGGUCUCCUCCUCUGUCCUGCAGGGGCUGUGGGUCUCCUACAGCACAGAGGGGCUGAGCACGGCGCUGGCCUCUCUACGGAACCUCUACACACCCAACAUCAAGGUGAGCCGCCUGCUGAUUCUGGGCGGGGCCAACGUGAACUACCGGUCCGAGGUGCUGAACAACGCCCCCGUGCUGUGUGUCCACGCCCACCUGGGCUACGUGGAGACGGCAGGCCUGCUGCUGGAGAACGGGGCGCACGUGGACGGCGAGUCUGACAGCGGCCUCACCGCCCUGGGAUACGCCUCCGCCGCCGGACACCUGGCCAUCGUCACCACGCUCUGCUCGCGCAAGGCCAAGGUGGACCAUCUGGACAGGAACGGUCAGUGUGCGCUGGUUCACGCCGCGCUGAGGGGACACCUGGAGGUGGUCAAGUUACUGGUGCAGUGUGACUGGAACCCUGACGGCCAGCCGCCAGGAGCCUUCACCAAGAGCCACGCUGUCCAGCAGGCCCUCAUCGCUGCUGCUAGCAUGGGCUACACAGAGAUUGCUUCCUACCUGCUGGACCUGCCAGAGAAGGAUGAGGAGGAAGAGGAGAGGGCCCAGAUCAACAGCUUUGACACCCUGUGGGGAGAGACCGCUCUGACUGCGGCAGCAGGCAGGGGGAAGCUGGAUGUGUGCCGGCUGCUGCUGGAGCAGGGGGCAGCCGUGGGGCAGCCCAACCGCCGGGGCAUCGUCCCCCUCUUCAGCGCCGUGCGCCAGGGACACUGGCAGAUUGUGGACCUACUGCUGAACCACGGGGCGGACGUCAACAUGGCCGACAAGCAAGGCCGCACGCCGCUGAUGAUGGCGGCCUCUGAGGGACACCUGGGCACUGCAGAGUUCCUGCUGGCACAAGGUGCAUCUAUUGCGUUGAUGGACAAGGAAGGCCUCACGGCGUUGAGCUGGGCGUGUCUCAAAGGACACCUCCCAUUGGUCCGCGCCCUGGUGGAGAGGGGCGCAGCCACGGCCCACGCCGACAAGAGCGGACGCACGCCCCUCGACCUCGCCUCCUUCUACGGAGACCCCGAAGUGGUCCAGUACCUGGUGGAGCACGGGGCCAUGAUAGAGCACGUGGACUACAGCGGGAUGAGGCCUCUGGACCGGGCCGUGGGCUGCAGGAACACCUCGGUGGUGGUGGCCCUGCUCAAGAAGGGAGCCAAGAUAGGCCCGGCCACGUGGGCGAUGGCCACCUCCAAACCGGACAUCAUGAUCGUCCUGCUCAGCAAGCUGAUCGAGGAGGGCGACGGCUUCUACAAGAAGGGGAAAGUGAAGGAGGCAGCCCAGAGGUACCAGUACGCCCUGAAGAAGUUCCCCAGAGAAGGUUUCAGCGAAGACCUCAAAACCUUCCGAGAGCUCAAGGUCUCUCUGCUGCUCAACCUGUCACGCUGCCGCAGGAAAAUGAACGACUUUGGGAUGGCUGAGGAGUUUGCUACCAGGGCGCUAGAGUUGAAAUCCAAAUCGUACGAGGCCUUUUACGCCAGAGCCCGCGCCAAGCGCAGCAGCAGGCAGUUCCACGCAGCCCUGGAGGACCUGAGUGAAGCCGCCCGCCUCUGCCCCAACAACCGAGAGAUCCAGCGGCUGCUGCAGAGGGUGGAGGAGGAGUGUCGCCAGGUGGAGGAGGAGCUCGAACUGCCCCCCGACGACGCCCCGCCCCCUUCCCUCGAGCCCCGCCCCUGCCCGUCGGAGCUGGAGGCGGGCCAGGAGCUGUACGAGGAGGAGGAGGCGGACUACAUGGAGAGAGACAUGGAGGCCCCGCCCCCCUGCGACCCCCUGCCCCGCUCCUCCCCGUCUCCCUCCGUCCUGCCCCUCUCUCACAGCCUGACGCCCUCCCCGGGACACCGCGACCCGCCCUACCUCUCUGGAGGCCAGGCCUCCCUGGGCCAGGCCUUUGAGUUCCGCCCCGGCCCCCCCGCCAUGUCCUCCCCCACCCGCCAGGCGUACCAGUCCUCCUCCCCGUCUCUCUCCCCGACUCACCAGAGCUCCCACUACCGCCCCAGCCCCCCGCACACCUCCCCGGCUCACCAGCCCUCCGCCUACCACUUCAGCCCCCCUCCCUCCCCGCUGCGCCGGGGGCCCCAGUACCGCGCCAGCCCCACCUCGGAGAGCGCCGGGGGGAUGUACCGUCCCCAGUCCGCCUCCGCCCGCUACCAGUCGGAGCACCAGCACCCGAGCCGGCCCAAGUCUCCUCUGUCCAAGAUGUCCAGCCAGCGCUCCUUCCAGCUGCCCUCCCAGGGCCCGUUCCAGGAGCAGGCCCACCCUCCCCAGCAGGGCCAGUGGCUGCAGCCCGCCAAGGCCCAGAUCAUACGCACCAACCAGCCCAGCGCGUCCGCCCACUCCAGCGCCGUGCUGGGCAGCUCCGCCUACUCCCAGAUGGCUCACUCCAUGUCGGCCCGCCUGCCCCCCGACCUGGCCGAGCUGGGGGAGGGGGUGUACCCUAACCUGGGCGAGGGGUACCCCAGCGCCCUGGAUGGAAGGCCUUCUCUUCAGGUGCAGGCCAGUCUGAGCGCAGGGGCUCUCUACCAGCAGGUCGGGGGCCCCAUGGAGGAUGACCUCCCCCUUCAUCAGAGGCCCUCUUCAGCCUAUCGGCCUGGGGGAGGAGGAGGGGGGCCGAGGUACGGCCAGACCCCCCAGAUCAGCCGCAGUCAAUCAGCAGCCUAUUACCCUGUGUCGCCCCACGAGCUGGAGAUGGAGCUGGAGAGGCAGGCAGCGCUGGGCUCCCCUGAGAACCACCACGGCCUGCGCCGGCCCAUCAGCUCCAACACCUCGGAGCCCAAGCCCCACAUGUCUACCCCCAGACCUCUCAUCCACUCCCAGAGCGUGGGCCUGCGUUUCUCCCCCUCCAGCAGCAGCCUCGUCGGCGGCUCGGCUGCUAACCUAGGCCCAGGCUUCCGGCCCUCGGCCUCGGCCCAGCAAAUGGAGAUCCCACUGCAGCUGGCCUACGAGAGCGGGGUCGGGGUUUACUGCGACGACCUCUCGCCCGUGUCGCCCCCGGAGACGAUGGACAUGAGGGUGGUGGGGGGGACGUACCCCGGCGAGGCGCUGCGCUCCCGGAACACGCCCUUCAUGGGGGUGAUCGACAAGACGGCGCGGACGCACCAGUACAUCCCGCCGCAUCCCCCCGCCGCCGGCCGCUCCUGGGCCGUGUCGUCGCUGGACACGGUGGUCACCAGCCCCGCCACGUCGCCCAGUAACAUGGCCGCCACGCACGGCUACAACCAGCCGUCCGGCCUCAGCCACAUCGCCUACUACAACCGCACCAACAACGCCCACAACGGCCACCUCCUCGAUGACGACUACUACCAGCCGCCGCCCUCCAACGGGGCCCGCGACGGCCGGUCCGACGGCGUGGGCAGAGUGAGCCAGGCGCCGACGUACCCGGACGUGAAGGUGGCGCGGACGCUGCCCGUGGCACAGGCCUACCAGGACAGCGAGUACAGACAGUCCAGGGAGAGGCAAGGGCCCACCUCCCCCAUCAAACCAAAGAGACCCUUUGUAGAGUCCAACGUCUAGACGGGGGCGAGGGAGAGGCGCAGUGAGGGGUUGACGAGAUGGGAGAUGCUGUGCCAGUCGAACUCUAAGAGAGAGAGAGAGAGAGAGAGAGAGAGAGAGAGAGAGAGAGAGAGAGAGAGAGAGAGAGAGAGAGAGAGAGAGAGAGAGAGAGAGAGCGGAGGAGAGAGGAGGGAGAAAGACUGUCACUUGAGGAAAGCCAGGCCUGCUGACGUUCACUGAUGAGUCAUCCCACAACAGUCUGAAGAGAAACAAGAGGCUUGCUGACGUUGUUGAGUCACGGAGAGACAAUAUUUUGACAGGAAUGACUUCUACUGCUGUACAUUCAUAAACAUCCAAGCUACGACCCUCUCCUCCCCGAAGCACUCUCUCCUUGUACCUUACUCAGAUUUUCACUGGGUUUAAAACAUUUUUUUCUUUCUUGGAAGUAAAAUAAACACAAUGACUCAGAAAGACUGAGAAUAUUUCUGCCUAGGUGUUUUGUCGAUAUGAAAAAGGGAAGGCCUUGGGAAAAGCAUUUCGAUCUGAAGAUAUGUUAUGUUUAUAAUCUGGGAGCCUCCAGUAACAGGCAGGACACUCUGCUUUCCCCAGCCUUGGACUGCUUGUCCUGGGGUAGUUUGAGGCCAGUCCAGAGCCUGUCUGGUUCAUCCAUGGAAGUCCAACUCUUAAGGCCUCCUACUCUAAAAUGGCACAAUAACGACAGACUGUAAGAACAUUGUCAUCUGCUGUAUCCGGGACUGCAACUGUCCUUAACAUACUUGUACAUAGGGAAUAAAAAAAAGAAUAUUUAUCAUUUAAGUUAUGUUUGUAAAAUAACAACAACAAAAAAAGAAUAUUUCUGUUGGACUGUAUAUUUUUCCGUUUUCCUUUAGCAUUUUCUAAGGUUUCCUCCUGAGGUGACAUGAAAGCCUUGAGGAGCACCCGUUUCAAAUCAAUUUCAGGUUCACCAAUCGUUGUUUUAUUCUUUAUGGCUUAACGGUUUUCACAUCCAAGCUGUAGUUCUUGAAGCUUCAAACAGGAACGCUGACCUGCUUUAACUGUGUUCAGAUCCUGACAGCCACGUCGCACAUACAUGUUUUUAUCACCAUAUAAAACCUUUAAACACAUCUAUCAACAAGGGAACACCUGUGGAAGAAAGGAGGGGUGCAAAGUUAAGCCCUGUGUGUUACAUGAGGGAAAUGGGGUCCAAAACUGGAAUUGAACUGGAAUCAGCCAGUCAGAUAUCAGCGUAUUGAUCCAUUGAGAGAUUUACCUAAUCAUUUGAAGUUUUGUCUGGGGAUACACUUCCUUUACACAGUGCCUUUUUCAUCUGAGUAGGAUGAUGCUGUCAAAGGAAGUGAUGAGAAUGUUUCUUUUUGACAUAAAUGACAGUUAUACAGGGGUGUGUGUCUGUCUGUACUCCACAUAGUGUGACUUCAUCCAGCUCAGUGCAACCUGACAAUGAAGCAUGUAGACACUGUCUGGUGACAGCCCAACCCCUACUCCAGUCUGGCACUUAAUGAGCUAUGAAGAACAGACUCUUCUCAGUCUGUUCACACAAACCACUAUCAUCUAUGUUCCACCUACAGUUUGUAUUUCCCAUUUUUCGGUGUCUCGCUGUAAUAUUUCGCCUUUGAAAAUCAGUGACGUUCUGACGUUUGUUUUCAAGCCAAUGCAUACUUAUUUAUUUAUGUUGUUGAUAUAUUUUUUAGUGAGAGCCUGUUUUGGGUUGAGGGGAUUUCUUCUGUAUUCUCUCGGCUCUCAUUGGUUCAUCCUUAUAAACAAAGAUAACAAGAAAGUUGAAAGAGACUAACGUAUACCGGCAAGACCCUCCAGUCAUUUCGCCAUUGAAAUACUUUACAGAAUGAGCCUGUUGCUUGGACGCACCUUCUGCCAAUCUCGGAGGCCUAUCCAAUGAUUGAGCCUGAUUCCUGGAGUAGGAGGAGCUUCUAGUCAGUUCCCUCCUCUGACAAGUGGACAUAAGGAGGGAAGGAGGCACAAAAUAGUGUUUAUUUUCAAAAUCCUUUUUUUAUAGAGUUGACUGUAAAUGACUGUACAUGUCGUGUUGAUUUCAAAUGCAUGGUUGUUCUGUCUCUCAUGCUCCUAUGAACAUGUAGUACAAUAAUGUAACACGUGUUUGUACUGCAGGUGAACAAUAUUGAUUCUGGGUAAUCAGUAUUUGAACGGAGGAGCAGAGGAAGGGAUACUGAUGGAAAAUAUGUUUUCUGGCAAAUAUUCGCUUUUUCAGUUUUCUUUGGUUACCGUAGAGUUUCCGGGGGCUUGCUGAGCAGAAUUCUCUGUACAUUGUCUGUAUAUGUGAGUUGUGAAGUUUUAAACCAGAAGGUCAUAAAAACAUGAAUGCGUUUUCCUUUGUUCGCUUUUUUGAAACCCAGUUAAACGAUUGUAAACUGUACAAUCCUCUGUAUGUAUGAGAAAAUAAUGUACUUAUUUAAAAAUGGUUACCACUUCAAAGAAAAGA